GGAAACUAAAGCUCAAGCUUAGAUUUUACUCCGUACGUCCUGCUGAGUUACCUGACCUUCGCAUCCUUUAAGAAGUAUUGAGGAAAGGAAUACGCACAUUUUAGCUUCAACCUUGCACUUCUCGCCUACUAGACAGAGCAUCAUAUACACUCGAGCUGUUUAUUUCUCCCGUGCGCCAUGGAAAACGCCUCUGAAACGCAGCACCAUCAACAACAGCUCGAAGAGCCUCUUGACGUUGAGCAAGAAAACUUCGACGAAAUAGCCGCAUCAAUGGGCUUUUCGUCUUUUGGCGCACAAGAUCACUCCAGCAAGAGACGAAAAUACAAUCCUACGGCAAUCGCAGCCUCUAUCCCGCCAAACGUACACGAACCAUCACAAGAAUCGCUGCGCGGUCCGACGUCGACGAUGGAGACAGCCACAGCGCCCGCUUAUGCGCCAAAAAGUGCUGGACAUUCUCAUUUCAGUAUACCACAGCAUCAUACUACCGCGACUUCUCCUGUUUCAGGCCAAGGCUCAGGCCUGGGCACAAGCGAUCCUUUGUCCCUCGAAUCGCGACCCCGCGACAAGGCCUACUAUGAUCCAAGCUUUGUCGAGGAUCCAUGGAUACAUUUACUAGGUCGUCCGCAUAACCAGCUUGGAUAGAGCACAAAGAGAAGGGAAAGGGGGAAACUGGUCAAUACCAGGAAUACUUGUUCCUGUUCUCUCGUCUUGCUGCAAGACCAGCAACAGAUUAUGGGUUGGGGUUUUAAUAUCAUCCCCUCCGUCGGUGCCAACGGGAGCCGCAACAGCAGCAACAACAACAACAAUACCAGCGAAAGCAGCGGGAGU